AUGUUCGCGGCUCUCGCGUCUUUCUCGUUGUUUAUUCCUCCCCCCCGUCUGGAAAAGGAGGGCUGUGCUUUCCGUGGCUCUCUGUCUGACGAGCUGCGAUCGCUGCGGAGCUGUUUUCCUCUCCUGCCUGGUACUUUCUUUUUUUGUCCCGCAGAGGUGAACUAUGCAAGUAGCACCAGGAUUCCUCUCCCUGGUGACGGACCAGCUUUUCAGUCAAACAGUUCAGCACCAUCCAAGCAGACUGUUCUAUCUUGGCAAGCUGCAAUUGAUGCUGCUAGACAAGCGAAGGCUGCCCAAAAUAUGAGUACCACCACAGCCCAGCCUGUAGGAUCUCUGUCCCAAAGAAAACGUCAGCAAUAUGCCAAGAGCAAAAAACAGGGUAAUACGUCUAAUAGUCGGCCACCCCGUGCCCUUUUUUGUUUAUCCCUCAACAACCCAAUACGAAGAGCCUGCAUUAGUCUAGUAGAAUGGAAACCAUUUGACAUAUUUAUACUACUAUCUAUUUUUGCCAAUUGUGUGGCCUUAGCUGUUUACAUCCCAUUCCCAGAAGAUGACUCUAAUUCAACUAAUCAUAAUUUGGAAAAAGUAGAAUAUGCCUUCCUGAUAAUUUUUACAGUUGAAACAUUUUUGAAGAUUAUAGCAUAUGGAUUAUUAUUACACCCCAAUGCAUAUGUUAGGAAUGGAUGGAAUUUAUUGGAUUUUGUAAUAGUAGUAGUAGGAUUAUUUAGUGUAAUAUUGGAACAAUUAACCAAAGAAACAGAAGGUGGCAGCCACUCAGGUGGCAAACCUGGUGGCUUUGAUGUCAAAGCCCUAAGAGCCUUUCGUGUACUGCGACCUCUCCGGCUUGUAUCAGGAGUGCCCA